AGCGGACUUCGCUCGUGCCGGUUGCCUCGCGCCUCUCCGACGUUUAGGCGACGAGGAAGUCUUGGUCGUGUGCGCGUGCGAGCUUCUUCCUUCACUCUUCGUUGGAUACGGCCGGCUUUUCUCGGCCGCUUCUGCUUUUGACCCGGUGCUGCUGUUUUCGUCUGCUACCUUCCUCCUGGUAUUCCGCCGGUCACUGCCUGUGCGUGAAGUUGUGCUGCCGUGUUUCUUUCGCCGGGUGGGCGCAAGUCGUUGUUUUCUUUCACGCGGAAGAAACAGAGCCCGCGGCUAGUGCUUCAUACUUCUUUUGCAACCAAGGGAGGCUUCGGCGGAAGCAUCGAGGAAACAAAGCGCACGGAUUCACCACCGCCGGCCCGUGUGGGAUGCCUCGCGCGAGGCAGCCUCCGUCACUACGAGUGGUGAGCCAAUGAGCACAACAACGCAGGCGGGCACCACCGGGCUGUCGUCGUCGUUGUCGCACUGAUAGCGGAGCGAAGUCCAUGGGCAACCCCGAUGAGGCGUCGGCGUCGUCGGGAAGCAGCCCCACGACGGCGGUCGGCUCGCCGCCCGCGGCCGACGCGGGUGGGCGCCACCCUCUGCAGCCCCUGCGGCCCGACGUGUUCCACAUCUCCGGCACGAGGCUAUCGUCCGAACCCGCCGAACGGCCACUGCAGCUGCCGUCGACUCCGCCGCCGCCUCCGAGUGCGGCGGCGAGGCAGGCCUCGCUCGAGAACGGCUCCCUGGCCACCGAGAGCUCGUUCACCGACCGCACCAGCAGCGACUCGACCAGCGUGCAAGAGACGGCCAGACCGCGGGAGGAGACGUCGACCGGUGGCGGCGGCGGCGGCCACGAUGCCUUGCGGGCCCCGGCCUCCGCGGACGACGAGAGCCGACGCGCCGCGCACGGCCUCUGGUCGCACGACCUGUUCUCCGUGUUCGCCUCAUUCUUCAGCAUCUUCGGACUCUUCAGCGUCACCAGGUUCUCUCUGCUGGUGCAUAUUUAUAAAGCGUGCUUCGUGCUGCAGUUCUUUGUGCUCUCGGCGGUGUUCGGCGUGCCCUUCCUGUACCUGCAGAUGUCUCUGGGCCAGUACUUGGGCAGCGGCAUCCUCGAGAUGUGGUACAUAUCGCCCGCUUUCAAAGGCGUGGGACUGGCCCUGAUGAUGGUCUACAUGGUGUGCGGCGUAUACAUGGCCGUACCUGUGUCGUGGAUUUUCUUCUACUUCCGCGACUCGUUCAUCAAGGCGAGGGACGCCUACCGGUGGUCCAUCUGCCAGGCACGGUUCGCCUCGGGAGGGUGCUACAAGAACAAUUCAUCAUCUCCAGAGUUCUUGGGCUGGACCACGGCAUCCUAUUUCCAUGGCCGGGUGCUGGAUCGGAGGGCGGUGCCACAAGCGAGCGGCAUUGGGGACCUCAAGUUCGAGUUGGCCUUCAACCUGGGCAUCGUCUGGCUGCUUGUGUUCAUCGCCCUCAGCCGGGGCCUCAAGUCUUUCGGGAAGAUCCUGGCCAUCCUGGGCAUCCUGUCGCUGUGCCUGCUGGUAUUCAUCACCAUCCGCAUGACGGAACAGUGGGGCGGUGGCAUUACGGAGCUCUUCAGGGCCGACUGGAAGGGCGUCCUCUCCGACACCAACUCAUGGGUGGUGGCAGCGCGUGAAGUCUUCAUCACGUGGGGGCUGUUCGGAGCCCUUGCGCUGCACGUGAACAGUCGCAACAAGUUUUCGAGCAACAUUACAAGGAACAUGGUCUGCGUGACAGUGCUGGUGUGCACUGUACUCGUGCUGGUCGCAAUGCUGUUUGCCAGUGUGGCGCAUCUUUUGCGCACUCACGGCAUGAUUCUAGUCAGCUCGUCGUUCGAGGAAGAGUCAACGGUGCGGUUCCUGCAGUCGGCGAACGGAACGUGGCCGCCGAUGACUCAGUCGGUGCCGGUCAACCUGCUAGCCGGCGUGCUACUGCAGUGCCCGCGCAAGCACAACCUGCUCAGCGGCUACCAGGUGGCGCGCUUCGCCGUCGAGGUGUUUCCGGCAGCGCUGUCCGCCGAGGGAGGCCGGAGUAUCUCACCUUUCUGGCCCAUCUGCUUCUUCGUCAUGCUCGCCUCGCUGGGCCUCGGACACCUGAUAUGCAUCUGGAAUUGCAUUGCAGAUGCUGUGGUGUACAUCCGACCAAAGUUUUUCACGAAAUGGAGGACAAUAGUCACCUUCAUCACCUGCGCAGUGGGGUUUCUUCUGGGGCUCUUCUUCGCCACCGAUGCAACUUUACACCUUAUGCUGUUUUUGGAUGUGUGGCUGGGAUCACUCUGGUGGAUCGUCGCCCUGUAUUUCAUCAUGCUCAUAGUCGUGCUAUUUAUACAAGGUAAACCUUUUGGAACGGACAAGCUAGUCAAAAUGAUAGUGCAAAAGGAAAGGUCCAAGUCUCUCUACCUGCCACUGCUGACUUUUCAUUGGAAUGUUCUUCUACCAAUAGCAUUUUUGAUGCUGUCCAUUGCAUUCAUGCGAUCGGGCCACUUGGCCAUGUUCUCGCCGGAGUCAUUGUCACUCUUCUACCACUACUGGUCACCUUGGGUUGGUUCGUUCUGCGUGCUCCUGCAGACACUGCCACUUCUGGGUGUCGCCCUAGUGGCUGUAGUCGAAGGCCUCAAGAUUGUAGUCUUCAGCAAGAAUCAGGUUCAGAUGCAUGAGCGCAUCGAAUCCUGGUGCUGCCCAACAUUCAUCACAACAUCUCCGGCCACAGAGACACCACCCACAGUGCAAGAGCCUUCACAGGGUGUCUCCAACGUUGCAUUUGAAGAAGAUGUUCCGCCAAAAUACUCGCCACCCCCAUCCUACUCAACUGCCACGGCACGUAUGAUCCUUAAGGAGUUGCACAAGUGCCAACAACAACCUACGCCAACAAGCAGUGGCCGCAGCUCACUGAUGAAUCGUGAGCGCGUCGACAAGAUUCGGCUGAGCUUCUCAGACCUUCAGUUCAACCUAACUUCUCGAAGCCCACCACGGGAAGACUCGUCAGAUGCGUGAAGAAAAGGUGGCAGCCUUCUGAGGUCAUCGCUUAUACGUGAUGCGUGCCGUUAGUGCCGAAAAAAAAAAGGCAUGCAAAAAUCAGUCGCUCUGAUCCAUGCAUGGAGCAGUGAUUGUCAAGACAUGGUGUGAAGUGCCACUUGGACCAUCUCUAACAGGGUGUGGCUGAAUGCUGAUGACAGGCUGAUUCAGAACACAUGCAUAGCACGAGGCACACCGUACAAGUGGCCUGUGCUGUGACCAUAUGACUUGGACAGUCGAGUGGGAGUUUGGACGGGUGCUGUGGUCCAGUUAUUGAUCUCUUCUAGGCAAGCGUAUGCUUGAAAGCGCUUGGGGAGAAGUGGGAAACAAGAUUCUUUUACUAGACUAGUAGGGUCAAAUGUGGUGACAAGCCAGUCAGGGCCCUCUGACAAUAACUUUAUUUACUCUAAAAUGAGACUGAGCCAAACCGAGGCAGACACAAGAGAAAGAGUAGGGCGCAGUAGUUUUACGUCAGCCUUGUCUCUAAAUGGUACUUUUCUAGCAACUGUCAAGAGUACUGAGCCUCUUACUCAGGAAGAGUUAGUGAGCCUAUGAGAAACUUGUUUGUAGAUGCUCUGACACAUUAGGCAGUUUGUGUGGGCUGCUUACAUUGCUAUUACAAUAAUGUAGGAUGCUUCGUGCUUAUAAGGCUAUGGUUCAAAGCAUGCAGUUGAAGAGCAGAAAAGCCUGCUUUGUUUUUCUUUUCACUUUGCAAGUGAUUCUUCAUGACAGGGCAUUGAGCAAGCAUAUUACACAACAUUGAGGCACAUCAUAAAGAAGGAAUGAAAAGCUUAUGCAGCCGCUUUAGGUAGAAAAAAAAAAAAAUCUAGCAUCUGGUGUCACUUUCAUGGUGAGUGGUGUAGCAGAUACUGCAGAAGUGCCCCAGUGACAAGUCGGCAAUGUAAUUUGCAUCCAUCAUAGAAAAACAAAAAUUAUCUGUGCCUGCGUUAUACUGCGCACUGAAAUUCAGAUGUGAUGGCAGGUCAUAACAAAGCUCUUUCCACACUGCUUAUGACAUAAGAAACGACAAUGAAACAGCACUAAUUGCCAUGUCUUUCAUCAAGAGUUAUGAAAUCAUAGGGCCAUCCAUAACCGGUGAAGUCUUGAGACCUUAUUAAUGGAUUCAGUAGGUAUAUCGCAGCUUGUUCCAGGUGAUCUGUGGGAUUCAAGGCUACAUUUAAGUGACCAGUCGAGUUACUGAUAGCAGUGGUAUAUAAGCACAUCACUUGUUUCAUAACCAUAGGAGGUGAGAGUUGAGUCGGUAUAAUGUAAAGAUUUCUUUCAUCUGAAGUUUAUUCCUUUCUUAUCGACUGAUCAUGAUUGCUGAUCAUAGUUAUAAUGUAAAUGGAGUGCUCAAAGAAAAAGAAUUGGAAUAGGAUUGUUACAUUGUCCCACUCUUGCUUUAUCUUGCGAGGACCCAGAAGCUUGUUGUUUGCUGUGCACUGCUUGACUUGUUGCUCUGAUCAUGGCAGAGACCCUUCGAGGCAUGACUGCCAGUUUUUCUUUCAAGUACCUUGUGUGUUAAUUUGCAUUCUACAUAUUCACGAGUCAUUCUCAUUGAAUAUUGAUCAUAUUGUUUCAGCCCUUUUAGUGAUGGUUGAGGACAAUGCCAUUGCAGGUUUAACCAAAACUUAAGUUAUAAGUGUAUGAAUCGCACUCCUUGUUUUCCCACUCACUGAAGUUAGGAAAACAUGACUGGCUUUGCCUAUUAGUGACUGCAAAAAUUUGUCUUUUACAUAAGAAAUAGUAUCCUCACAGUGGCGAUAUAAUGAAACCAUGAGGAUACACUGCAAAGGUUCCACACUGAAGGAAGUCUCACUCUCAGGGCAUGCAGCAAGGUUCGGUCAUCUUUGGCAGCUUCAUCAUCAUCAUCAUCAUCAUCAUCAGCCUGAUUAUGCCCACUGCAGGGCAAAGGCCUCUCCCAUACUUCUCCAACUACCCCGGUCAUGUACUAAUUGUGGCCAUGUUGACCCUCCAAACUUCCUAAUCUCAUCUGCCCACCUAACUUUCUGUCGCCCCCUGCUACGCUUCCCUUCCCUCGGAAUCCAGUCCGUAACCCUUAAUGACCAUCGGUUAUCUUCCCUCCUCAUUACAUGUCCUGCCCAUGCCCAUUUCUUUUUCUUGAUUUCAACUAAGAUGUCAUUAACGCGCGUUUGUUCCCUCACCCAAUCUUCUCUUUUCUUAUCCCUUAACGUUACACCUAUCAUUUUUCUUUCCAUAGCUCGUUGCGUCGUCCUCAAUUUAAGUAGAACCCUUUUCGUAAGCCUCCAGGUUUCUGCCCCGUACGUGAGUACUGGUAAGACACAGCUGUUAUACACUUUUCUCUUGAGGGAUAAUGGCAACCUGCUGUUCAUGAUCUGCGAAUGCCUGCCAAACGCACCCCAGCCCAUUCUUAUUCUUCUGAUUAUUUCACUCUCAUGAUCUGGAUCAGCAUCUGGAUCUGGAUCAGAUCUUUGGCAGCUUAGAUGGUAUUAAACUGCAGGGAUAAACUCUGGUGAGAAAUUGAAAGAGAAGGAAUGUACAGCUUCAAGCAUGUGUGUUUGCUUUCGACCACUUAAAACGUGUCCAUCACUUCUGGGUGGCUUUGUUUUCCUAGUGACAGCAGGUGCCCUUUGCACCCAGAUAAAAAGCACUGUUCGCAGCAGUCGUAAACCAUAAAACUACAAUACUACACCGAUUUCUCAGCGACAGAUCACACAAGUUGGCUUUCCACCUUCUUUUGAGCACAUGCAUCACUCAUUUACCACACAGGACCUAUAGUGCUUCUUUCAAAUAUAUUUGUAUGUUUGUGACUGCAAAAAAAAAAAAGCUCUAUAUUAGUAAGGGUUUCCUAUAGGCUAGUUUUUACAUAGCUAAAUGCUGCAUAUAGUGCACAAGGCUGCUAGUAAGACAAACUCUUGUUAAAAUUACUUCUCUGUAAACUGAACAGUUUCAGGAUUUUCAUUAGGUUCCCCAUACAGUCACUGAUCCUCUUUUAAGGUUAAAUGAUUUUCCAAGUCCCUUGAUGUUUGCCUCAAGGGGAGCUUACCAUGCAGCUGGAGCAAACCAGAUAACAAGUAUACACGUUUGCUUGCUUGUUUGUUUCAGCCAUACACAGUGUGUAGCUUGUUAUCACUUCACUAUAAAGGCUAGGCAGGCACAAUGUUCGAAUGUGUGUUUGUGUGUGUUUAUUUGAAUCUGUUACAUAUACCGUAUACAACAGCCUUACUCCUUGCACAUAGAGGAGGAUGUGAUAUUUGAAGUUGUGCGAAUAGGACUAACAUUAGAAAUGUGUAAUGAAGAGCCCAGUGUGCUCGAGGACCAGUUGUACCUUUGCAAGUUCCUGCCUAAGCAUAGAUGUUAAGGUCUUGUGUAGCAUCCAAAGUCGACUUUUUCCGUGUGCUCUAGAUGCAACGGCAUUACUGAAUACGAAAAGGAAGAACGCUUACAACACAGUUGCAUACGACUCGUAAGUACUACACAUGUGCUGGUAAUAACAUAUCUGAUAAUCCCGGCUGCAUGCUCCUUCAGGAGCUUUGCGACAGCGAAAUCGUUGAGCUUCUGUAUAACUUCCAUAUUUCAUUACGUUGCUCAGCUGUCGUCAAGAAGCAUUUUGCAAGAGUAUGUGUGCGCUGCACAAGUGCUUUGACGCACAUAAAUAAGGCAACCUGUUGAACUAGUUUAUGUGCACCUUGCCGGCACCUGCAACAUGGAACCUAAUUGUGGCACGUUUCCAACCAAAUGCAGAAAAAUCAAUAAAUAUAACAGAAAUGACAAAAAGGGAACCCUUGCUCCAGGAGCUCUUAAUGUAUGUGCUGUGUUGUUCAUCAAUGAGUACAAAGCAGAAGUGCUACACUUGGCUUUUAUACUGCCAUAUACUGCUUCGCCUUCAAUCCAUGCACCAAUUUUUACCUGCACAGUUUAGGGUUGUUCCAAAUGAACCUUUACUUGCACAAGUUCUAUGCACACGUGACCACUUUUGCAACCACCUGAUGCUUCUCCCAACCUUGAUGUUUUCUCUCUUUAAUACUAUAGGCACAGUAUCAAAAUUGUUGCUGAUAUUUAUCCAUUUCCAAUGCUUUCUCAGGGCAGAGUAUAGUGAACAAAUUUUUUUUGCACAAUAAUUUGUGUGAAGAAAGAGCAGCUUGUUUGUAGAACGUAGCUUGAAUUACAUGUAAAAAUAAAAAAGAAUGCAUAGGUUUUUCUUUAUGCUGCCUGAAGCUUGGCAGUGUUGUUUGCCUUUGUUGAGUUUGAGUGAUAAGAGUUGAAAACUUAGCAUGUUGCGAACUGUGUGUAUUCCAGGUGCUAUGUAUAAUGCAAGAGACACCUGAAAGCUUUCAUUUCUAAUUGUGUGUGUGUGUUUGUAAAUAUAUGUACAUACUAUGCAUUGAAGGGGAAAGAUCAAGAAAGAAAUGGACUGUGGGAAGUGUGUUAAAAAGAGUUGCACUUGAUUUGGUACAUGCUUUGACAAUGUUGCUGAAAGAUGUACAGAAGAGAACAAAGUGCAUUGUUGCUGUGAACAAUGAUAACUUAUGCAUGGGGUAGCAAAUAUCUUGGCAAUUUUCCAGUUGCAUGAGGUAGGCACUAAAAAUUUAGCAGUCCAAGUCUACAUGCUGCUUUGUUGGUUGUGAAAAGAAAGAUGCGGCAGAGUCCUCUAAAGUGUAAAUAAAGGUGUGCAAAUUUUACAUGUGUACCACAGGUGAGAACAAUCAUUGCAAUGUAAUGUGCAUUAAGUAAAUAAACCACAUUGCAGAGUGA